UCGAAACGAUACAAAUACAUAACGUAUAUACCCCUUUACAACACGACAGUGCAGCCAGUUGUCUCGUGUGCGGCGGACGGUGGUCGUUUGACGUCUUGUUGACACAAAGAGAAAAUCCUGCCUAAAGAUUGAUUGAAAAAAUACCUACGGAUUGAUGGAAUACUAAAAGCAAACGAAUCGCUGCAAAAUGACAUCGACCGCACAAGUGAUAAAAAGUGUUGGUCCGAAAUUAGUACCAUUUUUCAAAAGUGUAUCAGUCUACUUUGUUCUAUUAGCAGAACAGCCCUCCCUGCUAACUGCCUGUUUUAAAUGUUUGCCGAUCAUCAGUCUUAUCGUUUUUAUUCUUCUCCAUGGAAUUAACUUGUCUGAAGAAUAUGCAUUUCCUCGUCGGAUAGUGACUGGCCUUUUAUUCAGCUGUAUAGGUGAUGCCCUGCUGGUAUGGCCAGCCUGCUUUGUUCCAGGAAUGGGAAUGUUUGCUAUUGCUCAAGUCAUUUAUAUUAAAGCCUUUGGCUUCGUUCCAUUGAACGGAGUGUUAGGAGCAAUAUUAUAUGCCCUAUGUGCAGUUGCUAUUUUUCUUUUGAUGCCUGGUCUAAAUGGUGUCUUGAUGAUUGGGGUUCCGUUGUAUACAAUACUUUUAACAACAAUGGCAUGGCGAGCUAUAGCAAGGGUGCAAUUUUUUGAGGAAUUAUGGACCUGGUCAAAAAUGUGUAGUUGUGCCGGUGGUAUAUGCUUCGUUAUAUCAGAUGCUUUGAUUGGUUUCCACUACUUUCACAGUCCUAUAUCGUAUGCUCAGGUAUUUAUAAUGAUUACCUAUUACGCAGCUCAGCUUGGAAUAGCUUUGAGCGCUGUGGAUUCAAGAGACAAUAUUAAACCGCAUAAGCAGCGGUGAGGUUUUUCUUGGGUAAUAUAUUAGUUGCUACAGUGGUUGAAGUGUUGGCUGAUUCUUACAAUGGCAGGAAAUCAAUUAUAUUCGUGAUCUAGAAACGAAUAGAGGGUAACAAGGGAAUAUCGUAUUCUGGAAUCUAGGAGGUACAUUAUAAUUAUGGGAUAUGGAUAUCAACAGUAUAAUUAGUUUAGCACGUUUUUAGGAUUAGGUUAAAUACGAGUCUUGUUCGCUGGUCGUAUUUAGGUCAAUUUAACUUUACAACUUGAAAUUCUGUAUUAGGAAAUUAGUAUACCGGGUGGUUCGUAUUUCGUACGAAGCUAUGUAAUUUUGCGAAUACCGUUGUUUGAGUUAAAAGUGUAACAAAGAAUAGGCAUGAGUUUUCGUUGUCAUGUAUCAAUGAAAUUAUUAGUCAACAAAGAGAUAUAGGUGGGAAUAUUCUGUUUCCACGCGCCAGCUCUGUGAUAUAUGGUAGAAACAUAAUUCUGAGAUAACUGAAACAUUUCUUUUCGUUGGUAUUUAUUUAUCUUUUCCAAUUGGAAAUUUACGACUGUGGUUUAAGCUUCUUAGCUGAUGUAAAAUUAUUUAAAUUACUUGUUAUUAAUGAAUCGUGAAACCGAAGGCAUUUCAGUCAAACACAUUACUGGUCGUGGCUCAUGUAAUGUUCGUGGUACUAGAGGUGGCUUAUGUAACGUUGCAGUGGUGCAAUUCAAUUGAACAACCUUAAACCGUUUGCUACCCAUCAUAUAAAUAUGCAAUCAUGUUAAUUCAUGAUUUUACAAGCAAAUGGUGUACUAAGACUGAUAAUGAACUGUUCAGGGUCGAAAUGAUAUAGCAUUUAAGUGGCCGCAUGGAUCAUAAGUUGAGGUGUUCGGAGUAGUGUUCAGUUAUCGGAUCUAGUGAUGCCUUCAAUAUGGAACUCGACAAUUUUACCUAAAUGCUGAUGUUUCGGUACAUGUAUUAGGGUAUUCCAAAACAAAUCUAUGUUACGUUUCUUUUUUUUUUUUUACCUCCAGCUCUACAAGGCUGUUGGAGUAAGUUCUACUUAUCAUUGAUCGAUUUUACUACAAACGAGUCAAAUUUCGCGAUGGUGUCACCUUGGUAAGGGUUGGAAGCUUUGUUUGGAUCAAAUAUAUCCUUGUUGCUUUGAUGCAUGAAAUACAUAUGAUUAAAUCGAGCGUCUAUUGUAUUAGAUAAACUAUUGUGUUACUUUGAUGUAGAUGGGAUAGAACUCAUUACAGUAUAAAGUUAUGUUUCAAUUUAAAAAAGUAAACCGUAAAUAUUGUUCUUCAUAAGCAAUUAGAGAACAAGGCAACUUUCAUGAUUGGAACUCUAACGGUUAUUCCAUUUUCUAUUGAAUAAGAUAAUUUACCAAACGCGGAUUCUACUUAGAAUGUAUUAAAUGAGCUGUUUGUUAGCCAGAAUCUCAAACUUGUCACUAAAAUAUUUUUCUAUCUCUAGUAAUAUAGAUCUCUAAACUUAAUACGUUAUAUAAAAUUUAACACAUAAAUUUUACUAUACAUCAAAUCAAUAUUCAAACUCGAAAUUAUUAUUGCAUGAGAAAAUAUUGAAAGAAAUAGUCGAUUUGGUCUCCCUAAAAUAGAAACGCGUACUUGUUCAAUGCAUGCUCAGUACUGUGCAUAUACAUAGAUGAUCAAUCAGUUUGACAAUGUAGUUUAAACUUGAAAGUCAUAAAUUCAUGAUUAUAGUCAAGAAGCGUGAAAGCUCAUUGAAAUAUUUAUUCGGAAUCCGAAUUCCGAGUAUGUUAAUAAAAAAUUUAUGCUUUGACAACUGUCAGUUAUUCGAAAUAGCUGUGAAAUAAUUCAAUAAGUCUUUAUAUCAAGCAUUAAUAACAAUACACACAAUCAGUGUCGACGGUUAAAUUAUGCUAGUAAGAAUUGAUGGUAUUUGGGUUAUUACUGGCUUCAAAAACGUGCUGUAUUAAACAAUUUACUUUAUGUGAUACAUGAACGCGAUUCGCAAGCGUUACUCGAUUAGAUGAUAUUUUACUACUUACAAGUUUAUUAGGCUGUGUAAACGAUUGAUGACGUAUUGCAGUUGGUCUCGUUAUUAUAUUAAUUAAAUAUAGAAUGUGUAAGUAUGUGUAUUUGUAUAGGGAAAUGUGAAUAAUUGUUGUUAACUAAUUUAGACCGAAUAUAUAAGUGUAAUAAAAUGUACACUCUUUA